AUGCGCCCGGACGGACGCGCGUCGUAUUGGGCGACGCACGAGUCCCCGUCGAAGAUCAUCAAAAUCGCGCACGACGACGACGACGCCUCGGAUCAAAGCGGCGGAUACGUCCCCACGAUGUUCUUCCGCGGCGCGUUCAUCGGCGACGCCGCGCUGGGCGAGAGCGACGCGUACAGCGUCCUCGCGGACGACGCGAACGCGCACCGCGUGUACGUGGGGUACAGCAGCUCGAAUCCGCGCGAGCGAGGCGCGGCGGCGACGGCGUUCGUGGACGAGAGCGCGGAAGACGACGACGACGACGCGAGCGCUUCUUCGUCCGCGUCGUUUUCGUUUCGACGGCUCGACGCGCUGUCGGCGAACGCGCGCGUGCCCAACGCGCGCGCGCUGCUCGCGACGCGGUCGAACGAUGGCGUGGCGUUCUACGCGACGCGGUCGAGACCCGCGGCGAUCGUCGCGGUGGAUCACGCGGGGGCGGGACGCGGCGACGCCUUCGACGUCGACGACGACGGCGGCGGCGCCGCCGCCGCCGCGAACGACACGCGGACGUGCGUCGAUUACGUGGACGUCGCGCACGUCCGCGCGCCGCUCGCGCGCGACGCGAUCGUCCCGCGCGAGCUCGCGUCGCUCUCCAUGACGCUCACUCCCGCCGCCAUGAACGCCGCGAUAGAGUCGGCGACGGUCUCGCUCGCGUUCGAUCCGACGCGAACGAACCUGACGCUCGCUGACGUGACGCUGACGCUCACGUCCCCGAGCGGCGACGAGACGACGUUGUUCCUUGGCACGACCUCGGACGGCGCGUACGUCCCGGGGCUCCGCCUCUCCCGCGCGACGUUCGCGCUGGUCGCGUCUAAUUCGUCGUCGUCUUCGUCCUCCGCCGCUCAAACCGUGCGGUCUUUCCCGAGGGUUCCUCGGCUGUCGCCCGUCACGUUGGACCCGCUACCCGAGCUGCGACGCGUGGUGGACGACGCGAAGGAGACGUGGGAGGACGCGUACGAGGGCACAGCGAAGUGGGCGAUUGGCGGUUGA